AUGAAGUCUCGACCAGUAAUAGUCGCUACUACUGAUGGUACUUCAACACCAGCUAAACGAACAUUAUUUCGUAUAGCAUUAACUGUUGCUAUGAUUGGUACAAUAGCUGUAAGUACAAUAUUAAUUUUACAUGGUGCAACAGCACUUAGUCAUCUUCAAUAUUUUAUUGAUGUUGGUAUACAUCCUGGUCAUGUAACAUCUGUAUUAUUACUUAUUUUUGGUCUUCUUGCAUUAUCAACAUUUAUUAUAUUAACAAUUGGUGUAAUUAAAGUGAAUAAAUCAUUUGCUGUUAUAGCAGCUUCUUUAUUAGGUAUUUGUUCACUUGGUCUUAUUGCACUUAGUAUUUGGUCAUUUUUAACUAUAACAAGUGGUCAAUUACCAGCAUCAAUUAAUAGUACUAUUGUUAAUGAAUUAGAUCAAACUAAAUAUACAAUGUCUGGAAAUGAAAUUAUAAUUAAUAAUACACUAAAAAUGGAAAGAUUAGAAAAACAACAUCAUUGUUGUGGUCUUACUGAUCCUGUUGAAGAUUAUCGAAGUCGACAAUCAGCUAUAUUUGGAUCAUUGAAUCCUUCAUCAUCAAGUGGAAGUGGUCAUGGUAGAAAAACUUCUGCUACACAGCGAAAUACAGCAACAUUUGGAUCAUCUGUACAAUUACCAAUUAGUUGUUGUAAUGAAAAAUAUCUUUCAGAAGAUAAUUUAUGUAUUGAUAUGUUUGGAAAUAAUACGAAUCCAAUAAAUCGUUAUAAUACUAUUGGAUGUUAUGCUGUUGUUGCUCGACAUAAAUUUGAACGUAUUCAACGGCACGCUUUUGUAGCUAUUAUAGCGGGAUGUUUAGCUGUGAUUAGUUGCAUUGCUCUUGCAGCUGUUGUACGACUUUUGGGUGAAGGUUAUCAAAUUGUACCAUUUCGUACUGCGAAAUAA